AUGACCACUGUUUUCGUAUCUGGAGCUACUGGAUUCAUUGCAAUCCAUAUUGUUAAGGUUUUACUUGACAAAAACUAUACUGUUAUUGGAUCGGUUCGUUCUGCUGAGAAGGGGGAUGCUCUUGCUAAGCAACUUGGGUCUUCUAGGUUUUCUUACGAAGUGGUUCCGGAUAUUGCUAAGGAAGGAGCCUUUGAUGACGCUUUACAAAACCAUCCGGAAAUCAAGGUUUUUUUACAUACUGCUUCUCCCUUUCACUUCAAGGCUACGGAUGUUGAAGAAGAAUUAUUAAAACCAGCCGUUGGUGGUACCACCAACGCAUUGAAAGCCAUUACUAAAUACGGUGGUCAAAUUGAAAACGUGGUUAUAACUUCUUCUUAUGCAGCAGUUUCAACUUCAACAAAGGAGAAAAACCCUGCCCAUACAAAUAAUGAAGAAUCAUGGAACGAAAUCACUUGGGACGAAGCCUUGGUUGAUUCUUUUGCUGGUUAUAGAGGAUCGAAAAAAUUUGCCGAAAAAGCUGCUUGGGAUUAUGUCAAGGAAAAUAAAGUUAACUUUAAGAUUAACUAUAUAAAUCCAAGUUUUGUAUUUGGUCCUCAAGCAUUCCCAGUUAGUAACAAUGAACUUAAUACUUCAAGUGAAGUGAUUAACUCUUUCUUAAAGCUUAGUUCUCCAAAUGAUCCAAUUCCAUCCACUGCCGGUGGAUUCGUGGACGUUAGAGACGUGGCUAAAGCCCACUUGGUGGCCUUUGAACACAACUUGCAAAAUCAAAGAUUAAUCUUGAACGCUGGAAGAUUUAACAGCCAAACCAUUUUAGACGUCUUACACGAAAAUUUCCCGGAAUUGGAUUCAAAACUCCCAGUUGGUACUCCCGGUAGCGACAAGGAAGAGUUGAAGCAGUACGCUACAAUCGAUAACUCUAAAACUAAACAAAUCUUGGGGUUCCCAUUGAUUGGGAUCAAAGAAACCGUUGUUGAUUCAGUUAAACAAAUUUUAAAUAAUUAG